AUGUCAGCCUAUGAAAGCCCAACAGGUUCAACUGCAGAUAAAAAUAAAUUAACUGCCUUAGAAAAUGUAACACUAACAACUGGUUUAACAACUCAAAGCCCUACUAAUAUGUCAGCGUCUCAAGGCCCAGCAACCACAUCUUCAUCUGAAAACCAAAUAACUACAUCAACAAAUCUAACCUCAACCACUAGUUUAACUACUCAAAGCCCAACAACUAUGUCAGAGUCUCAAGGCACAACAACUAUAUCUACAUCUGAAAACCAAAUAACCACAUCAACCAAUCUAACACCAACAAAUAGUGUAACAACCCAUAACCCAACAACUUCAACUGCAGAUGAAAACAAAGUAACUACAUUAGAAACUCUAACACCAACAUCAAGUUUAACAAAUCAAAGCCCAACAACUAUGUCAGCGUCUCAAGGCCCAACAACUACAUCUACAUCUGAAAACCAAAUAACUACAUCAACAAAUCUAACACCAACAAAUAGUGUAACAACCUAUAGCCCAACAACUUCAACUGCAGAUGAAAACAAAGUAACUACUUUAGAGAAUCUAACACCAACGACUAGUUUAACAAAGAAAAGCCCAACAACUACAUCUACAACUGAAAACAAAAUAACUACAUCAGCAAAUCUAAUUUCAACAACUAGUUUAACAACUGAAAGCCCAACAACUUCAACUGCAGAUGAAAACAUAAUAACUCUAUCAACAACUCAAAGCCCAACAACUACACCUACAGAAUUUAGCCUAUCACGGAUGUCAACAACUUCAAGCCCAACGGCUGGGACUACUCUACCACUAUUCUCUUUCCAUACGUAUUACCUCGCCCUCCCCCAUACAGCCAACGACUUGAACACCUACCCCAAUGCAAAACUGACCGCCUACCUUGAAAUAAGAGGAGAAACGUCAACAAACACAGAGGUCAACAUAACUGUCCAGCAUCCUAAACUCUCCACGUAUACACUCAUUGUAAACUCCAGCGCUUUCCAAAAAGUCUAUCUCGAUUCUUCCCUGACUCACGAGGUCACCGGACGCUCCAAACGUGGGGUCAAGGUCAAUGCCGUGUACUGUGUACAAGUCACACUGUACACUAUACUCACACAAAACAACGGGCAAACAGAAAGCGCCACAGCCUCCUACAUUUACCCCUCUUUUAUGCUUCACAAUGAGUACAUGAUUGUCACACAUCACACAGAGGACAAGGACAGGACAGCUAGACUGAUUAUCGUGUCAAUACAGGACAGAAACACCGUGAAUUUAAGAAAUUAUCACCCAAACAAGGCCAACAUUAAAACUGUAUCAGUAGAAUUUCGUUUCAGAUUUGCGAUUCAUGAAAGAUCUCGGCCCGUAGAAUUUAUUAUCAACGGCACGAGAGUUGUUGCCCCUGAAACAAUCAGCGUCACAUUGGACAAAUCAGAGGUUUUCUUUCUGGAGACUCCGGGCGACCUGACGGGUUCAAAGGUCAUGGCAACGUACAGAGUUGCUGUGUUCGUUAGUAUGAAUGAGCUGAAAAACGACAUUUCAUUUGAACAACUGCUACCCGCCAGCAACCAGUGGGACCCGCUAAACGUGUGGACACAAGGAGUUAGUUUGUCUGGUUUAACAGGGAGGACAGACGCUGUCUAUGUUGUGGCCAGCAUUUAUGAUGCAAAUGUUUUAUGGAUUGGGAACAAGAACAACUCUUACACCUUCAACAAGUCCAGCGACUCUAAAUUCUUUGAAGUGUUAAAUCACGUCGUCAUCAACAGCACCAAAGCGACGUCAGUCUUGAAGUUUCUGAGAGGUCAAACAACACCCAACAGGACCGUGGCUUGUAUCGCCUCCGUCCCUCACCCCAGUUUGUGGAGAAACUCAUACAUCUGCCAGAUCACUCAGCCGUUUUUAAACAAUAAAAUUACAAUCACAAUACUGAAGGCACAAAAUAUUUCAAUAUUUAACAAGCCCCCAAUUGAUAUCAACAUUUUGUACCAAACUACCACGGUAUCUCCCCUGUCAAAUCUGACCAGCUCGUCAGAGGUGAUUGUAAACCGUUCUGAAGGGUCGGAAACAACAACAUCAAGUACUACAUUGAUAACAACCAGUACACCAGCAUUAUACGAUUACAUGAAAACCACACUGCACCCUACUGAGCAAGGGGAGGCGAACCAAAAAUGUCUAGAGAGAGUUAUCUUUCUAAAAUCCAUUGAAAACUUAACCAAGGACGAUGUGAAGAUCAUUUUUGACAAAAUAAAACAAGAGCUGGCUAUGGACGUGAAAAACGUGUCCGCCAACCAGAGAAAGUUGAUCAGCGUGAUGGACGCCCGACCUAGUUCUGCUGGGCUUGGUCUUUUGGGCGUGGUCCUGGUCACUCUGGUCUUUGGUAGCGUGGUUGUGGGUGACGUUAUUAGACUGUACGUGUGGCUGAGGGGUAUCAGGGAAUAA